GGGUAAAGCGGUACCGCGAAAUCGAAAUGUGGCUUAAGCCUGUACCAUCGUGCUUCUCUAUGCUAAAACCCUACUGCUCUGCAACUCCACCACCACCAACCACCUUGAAAUUCAUAACGGCCAUGAAAACUACAGAGGAACCAGACGUCGGGAUCUUCUGCUACAUCUCUCAACUCCCUGGAUUUCGCGGCAUUUUAAAGCAAAGGUAUUCUGAUUUUAUGGUAAACGAAGUAGAUACGGAGGGAAAUGUUGUACAUUUGACCAACUUGGAUGCCCCAGCAGAGACAGUUAAGGAAAUUGAAACAAAGACGCAUGAUGCUACAAGUAAAGAUUAUACCACCGAAAUUGAGUCGUUUAGAUCUCUUGUUGACCCUGAUGAUGCUGAGCGAUUGGAAGCUAUAAUCAAUCAAAUUAAUUCCGGCAGUGAAGAUAGUAUUUUGCCUAUUGUUCUUUCCCCAGAUUAUGAUAAAUCUCAUCGAAGGGCAGUGCAUAAUUUUUUUAAGGAAAACUUCAAGUUCCUUGUCACCGACACAGUUGAUGGACCAGAUGCUUCAUCAAAAUGCAUCCGGGUGAGAAUAAAUUCAGGAGGACAGAACAGCAGAGGCAGAAAUUCAAGAAAACGAAAAGAAAGAGGUGAUAAACCAUUUGAUAGCAGAGGUUCAGAUGAUUGGUCAGAGAAUGUUGGCAAGUUCCUUAGGUUUCAUCUUUACAAGGAGAACAAGGAUACACAGGAAGCCUUAGGAAUUAUAGCAAAGAUGCUUGGUAUCCAGCCAAGGUCCUUUGGGUUUGCUGGUACAAAGGAUAAGCGUGCUGUCACAACUCAAAGGGUUACAGUUUUUAAGCAGCUUGCAACUAGAUUAGCCGCUCUUAAUGAUAGGUUGAUUGGUAUCAAAGUAGGUGACUUCUGCUACGUGAAGGAAGGACUUGUCCUAGGCCAACUCUUGGGAAACCGAUUUACAAUUACAUUGAGAGGAGUUGUUGCAGAUUCUGAAGAUACCAUCAAAGCAUCUGCAAUUGCCUUGGGAAAGCAGGGAUUUAUUAACUACUUUGGUUUACAACGAUUUGGAAGUGGUUCUGUGCCAACUCACCUUAUUGGAGCUACACUACUCCGAGGAGAGUGGAAAUCUACUGUGAGCUUGUUCCUUGAUCCAAGAGAAGGGGAAAAAAAUGCAAUUACGGAGGCACGAGAAUAUUAUAAGGAAACUAAUGAUAUUGAAGGGACCCUGAGGCGAUUACCUCGACAUCUGGUUUCUGAAAAAGCUAUAUUGCAAUGUCUGAAGAAAUGUCCUGGGAACUACUUGCAAGCUUUGAAAGCUAUUCCUAGAACUUUGAGGAUGAUGUAUGUACAUAGUUACCAAAGCUAUUUGUGGAACCAUGCAGCGAGUAUGAGAGUGCAGAAAUAUGGAACUGACCGAGUUGUGUUGGGAGACUUGGUAUAUUGUAAAGGAAAUGAAACUGAAAAGGUGUCAGAAGUUGUUAGUUCUGAAUGUGUAGAUGAAAAUGGUAAUGAUACGCUUGAUCCUAUUGAUUUAGAUGAUAUAUCUGGAACAAAUCUUCCUGAGGAAAGGCUUAAUCUUGUGAAGGCUGUAACUGCGGAAGAUAUCCUUAGUGGAAAUUACACCAUUGAUGAUGUUGUCCUUCCAAUGCCCGGUUCCAGAGUCAUUUUUCCAGAAAACGACAUUGCUCAUGUUUUUCAUGAUUUGGCAAAGAAGGAUGCAAUCAGCUUGACAGAGAGCGUGCAUAAUGUCAAGGAAUUCUCAAUAACCAGUAUGACUGGAAGCUAUAGGCGGGUCUUCCAAAAACCAAUGGACUUUGAAUGGGAAAUACUAAAAUAUAUUGAUGGAAAUAAACCUUUGGUGGACACAGACUUCGACAAAAUUGCCAAAACCAAACCAUCCAGUCUAAAUGAAGAUGGAAGAUUGCAUGAUAAAACAAAACAAUCAGAGUGCUUAGACAACGAUAUAGGGCUUCAGACAGAUGAUAAUGGGGCAAAGGCGAAGGGAGAAGAAUUGCCACAAGCUGAAUCCCUCUGUGAUACUAAUCCUCAGGAAACUCAGACGGCUUUCAAGUUGAGCUUUACUCUCCCAGCUUCUUGUUAUGCAACAAUGGCCAUCAGAGAGCUACUGAAGACAUCGACAUCUGUUGCGUUUCACAAAACGUUAAACUAGUGUGCGCCUUGCUACUUGCAGUGAAGUAUGGCGUCCAAGAUGGAAUUCAUACCGGGGAGGGACUAAUUUGAAAAACUUCAACAUGGCACAGGAGCAAACCAAGAUCGCACUCUUUCAUACAUUAGGAUCUUGCCUUUUAGAACAAAUUAAUGUUACUGUUCCUGCUGGUUUGUUGAUUAACUCAUGAAUGAAAUUGUAUUUCAGUACAGAAUAAGAUUCGAUAACAGGUUUCCCUUUCAUAAAUGUUAC